UCAUUAUUUAAUUUUAUAUUUUUAAACAGUGAUUUCUUCUCGCAAACUUAAAUCAAUGUGUAUAUACAAUUAGUUUAGUGUCGAUUACUUUGUUUAAAAAAUGCAGAAAUCUUGUGGAAUUAUAAUUAUUUUUUUAAACACUUUGUUAUCUGUUUUUGGAGCAGAAUGUCCAAAUAUUCUUACCAGAUAUAUGUGGGGUGGUUUACCCGCUAAAAGUGUAGAAUAUAUGACAAUACCUGUUCAGAAUGUAAUUGUAACACAUAGUGUGACUUCAGAAUGCAAGACUGUAAUCGAUUGUGCUGAAAUUGUUGAAAAUAUUCGCGCGGGACAUAUGGAUGUCAAUGGAUGGGAUGACAUUGGAUUCAACUUCCUAAUUGGCGGUGAUGGUAACGUUUAUGAAGGAACCGGAUGGCAUCGAAUUGGAGCACACACUAUUGGAUGGAAUUCAAAAUCGAUUGGUAUUUGUUUUAUUGGCGACUUUUCUAAAAAACUACCAAAUCAACAACAAUUAGAAGCUGCUAAGAAUCUGCUAAAAUGUGGUGUCACUAAGGGCGAAUUAGCUACUCGUUACAAAUUAAUAGCACAAAGACAAGUUAUUGCUACGGCUAGUCCUGGAUUACGGUUGUAUCAAGAAAUUCAAAGAUGGGAUCAUUGGACAAGUUCACCCUCAUGAAUACAAUAUAUAUUUUAAUAUGUAAAAAACCUUUACUGGUUUUCGCAUCAUUUUUAAAGUUCUUUCGUUGACUUUUUUUCUUUAAUACUAUAAUUUAUAAAGUAGAGAGAAAAUUGUAUGUCUUCGAAUUUAAAUUAUAAGGUGAUAUUUUUCGAAAUAAUUGUAUAUUGUAUAACUUAGACUGGUACCU